GGCUAUUGCGUAGGCUAUAUAAAUGCCCGUCGCGGUGAAGUACACAUGCACAUCGCAUCUCGGUCCUGUACUGUACUUCACAACCAAUUUCAGCAGAGUAAACUAUUGAGAUUUUGAAAGGAAACCACCGACGCCGAAAAGUUGUUAAAACCUUUACAGGAACUUUUCACUGGUGAAGCCAACGCUGGAAUGGACGAUUUAGACGCUUUGUUGGCGGACCUGGAAUCCACGACAUCCCACAUUUCCAAGCGUCCUGUGUUCCUGUCUGAGGAAACCCCCUACUCUUUCCCCACCGGGGGAAACUCCUACCAGGAUGUGUCAGUCCCUCCCCCGGUGCCGCCCCCUCCCUCCGCUGAGGCUCUGAAUGGCUCUGUGAUUGACUCCCUCCACUCCUCCCAACAGUCCUUGGGUUCAGCUCCAAAGAGCUCAUGGUCCAGGGACAGUAGCAGCCCGCCCCGGUCCCACAUUGAAGAGGACCACGUGUACAGUUUCCCCAACAAACAGAAGACUGCUGACCCAUCUGCUGGAGCCAUGAGUUCCGCGCUAGGCAGUAACCUGUCAGAGCUAGACCGGCUGCUCCUGGAGCUCAAUGCUGUCCAGCAGAACUCUCCCUCUUUCCCCACCACAGAGGAAACCGCCCCACCCCUGCCAUCCUGCAGCAUUACCAACUAUGUGCAGCAGAACGGGGGGCCCCCUGACCUCAUGGUGAGCCCUCCCGUUCAGGAGAAGCCCAAACAGAAUGGGACCAGGGUGGUGGAGGAUGGCCGGCCCACAGUGGAGAGUCUGCUGGAUGAGCUGGAGGGUUCUGUACCCAAUCCCAGCCCCUCUGUUCUUCACAGUGAGCUGGACUCUCCCUCUCAGCAGCAGGCCAGAAUCUCAGCGUCCUGUGCUACACGCGAGCUUGACGAGCUCAUGGCCUCCCUGUCCGACUUCAAGCUGGAUCAAGCAGAAAUCUCCCCCAGCAGCACUCUGGAGGUCCAUCCUCAUCCAUGUACCCCCUCCUCCCCUGUUGCAGCUGCCCCCUCCCCCCUCCUUUCCUCUCAACCUGCCUGUGACUCCCCUCUCUUAUCACUGCCUGACUGGGAGCUGCACAUAGAGGAGGAAGGUGGCGGGGCAGUGUCCUCUCCACAUCCCUCAUUAUCAAGCCCUCCCCCAGCAACUGUAACCUUCCAGAGCCCUCUGUUCUUUGCAGAGAGUGAACCAGAAGCCUUCAUCGACGUCUCUGCCACCAUGCUGUCCUCUCAUCAGAAGUCCUUGGUAGUUCUCAACCACUCCAAACCUUCACCUAGCACAGACACCAGUCCUCCCAAUGCUGCUAGACCAUCACUCACCUCAGCCAGCACCACGCUGGACCAGAACCCCUUAAAAUCCCCUAGUCCAUCUCUAGAACGUGGCAUAACUCCUCCCUCUGUUACCAAAAGCCCCAGUCCCCUAACUGACAUGGAUCUAAGUUUAUCGACUCCAACUACUACUAAGAGCCUUAGUCCUGUUCCUUUCUCUUACUCCAAGUCCCCUACUCCUCUCACUGCUUCGAAAGCCCCCUCACCAUCUCUGGUCACAUAUCCCAAGGCUCCCCCUCCCCCAGCUCUCACGAGCCCCAUGAUCUCAAGGAGAGUUCUGCAGCCAGUCCCUGCAGCUGAGCCCUCUCUGGAUGAAGCCCUGGAUAAGCUGCUGGCCAUGCGUUUGGCCAAGAUUGAGAACGAUAAAGUCCCUAUGGAGGCACCUCGGCUGAAGCGGGAGGUGGUGCAUGAGAAAUGCAUCAUGCCCUUAGACAGAAGGGAGGUGCAGCCGGACACCACCGGAAGUACCCGGAACGGGGCAAGAACCGGGGAUGAGGCAAGUACCCAUGAAGAGACAUUUACCCGGGAUGGGUCAGUAAUAAGUGGACAUGUUGAUGGGUAUAGGGAGCUCAUGGACUGGGCCGAUGUGGAGCUGAACAUGUGUCUCCAAGAUGGACUGGAUGGUGGUAUGACUCCUAAUACAGAGAGACCUUAUACAGAUGGGAGCAUGACCCCGACGACUGAGGCCAGCUGGAUGGAUGAGUCCCUGGAUGGCUCCUCCUGCCCUGGGACUCCUGAUGCUUCCCUGGACCUGCCUUUGCUGCAGCAGGCCACUGUGGACAGGGUCUCAGCAUCUGGACAUCUUAAAUCAGUGAUUAGGCGCACCAAGGAGACCUCCAACGUACACCCCAUGUACCGAGAGGGUCACCCCCGGAGGGGGCGGGUGGGCCCCAUAAUUGUCAACAAGAGCAGCUCCCAGGACCGCCUCAUAGAGGAGCUGCAGGGGAAGCUGGGGAUUGGUCGAUUGGCUGACCGCCGGCGUAAGCAGCCGGACGAUUGGCUCACUGAGGGUAUCAUCGUCAUGUCCAAGCCACAGCGCCUCCGUGGCGACGGGGCAGCGAACGAGGUGGACAAGAUGGCCCAGGGGAAAGGUGGCCCUGGCGGCCCCCCAACGCAGGUCAACAAGCUGGACAACAUGCUCGGCAGCCUGCAGUCUGACCUCCAUAAACUGGGUGUGCAAACCGUUGCCAAGGGAGUGUGUGGGGCCUGCUGUAAACCAAUCGUGGGACAGGUGGUGACUGCCAUGGGGCGCACGUGGCACCCGGAGCACUUUGUGUGUACCCACUGUCAGGAGGAGAUAGGUUCCAGAAACUUCUUUGAGCGUGACGGAGCGCCCUACUGCGAGAAGGACUACCACAACCUGUUCUCCCCACGCUGCCACUACUGCAACGGACCUAUUCUGGAUAAAGUUGUGACUGCGUUGGACAGGACAUGGCAUCCUGAGCACUUCUUCUGUGCUCAGUGUGGAUCAUUCUUUGGCCCAGAGGGCUUCCAUGAGAAGGAUGGGAAGGCGUACUGUAGGAAGGACUACUUUGACAUGUUUGCGCCUAAAUGUGGCGGCUGUGCCCGAGCCAUCCUGGAGAACUACAUCUCUGCACUGAACUCCCUUUGGCAUCCAGAGUGCUUUGUCUGCAGGGAGUGCUUCACCCCAUUUGUGAACGGGAGUUUCUUUGAGCAUGAUGGGCAGCCCUACUGUGAGGUUCACUACCACGAGCGCCGCGGGUCCCUCUGCUCUGGCUGCCAGAAGCCCAUCACGGGCCGCUGCAUCACAGCCAUGGCCAAGAAGUUCCACCCUGAGCACUUUGUCUGUGCCUUCUGCCUCAAGCAGCUCAACAAGGGCACCUUCAAGGAGCAGAAUGACAAGCCCUACUGCCAGGGCUGCUUUGUGAAACUCUUCAGUUAAGGAGUAGAUUGUCUAUGCCUGGAGAUUUGUGUGUGUGUGUAUGGGGGAAGUGUCUGUGUAGCUCAGGUAGUGUGUGUGUGUAUGGGGGAAGUGUCUGUGUAGCUCAGGUAGUGUGUGUGCGAAUCAGAUUGAGUGCAUUUUCUGUACUCUGAUGGUGUGCGUGUGCGGAGUUCCAGCAUUCUUCUAGCAGCCCCUGAAGUGUUAUGGACAUCCAUAUCAGGUCUAGGCCUGUCUGCUCUCUCUGAUGCUCAGACUAUGAUUUCAAGCCCAAAUAGUUUUGCUUUUGCAAGGAAUAUACGUACAUGGACUAGUGUUUGAGGUUGCUGCUCACUGGUUGAGUGUGUCUUCUGAAACCAUUUGAAAGGUGUCAUGUUAGAGGGAGCAGUUGACCUGUUUUUAAAAAAAUCAUUUGUAUUUGUUUUUUCAACUGCUCAAGCAAAGGCCUUGGUGAUAUUUCUUUAUCUUUUUCCUGUCUGAGUAACUGAGAACAGAUGGUUAAAAUUGUCAUUGUAGCAUUGACUGGAAAUAGGCUGUGGGUCAGUCAUUAUUUUAGUACUUGUGACGCAGACAGUUGUGUCAUCAGACUCCUUCAGCCUUGUGACGCACAAUCAUUAAAACCCCCAAACAAGCAUUUGUUGCCUUUGACAAACAUACUAAUGCUGACAAGUUACACUUUUGAUUUUAUGUAUUUGAACGGUUCUAUAAAAUGUAUGUGAGAUUAAUUUACAACAAAUAAUAUUUGACUCCCUUUUAAUGUUUGGAAAAAUAGGAGUCUCAUAAUACAACAGAUGGGUAAUAUUGUAACUUUGUCACCGCCAAUGCCUACCCUUUUUAGAGCUUAAACCUUAGCUGGACUGGUUUAGGAGUUGUCUUCUGUUCAGAAAGGGCUCAUGCAGUAUAAAAGAACAUGCCAUGAUCAACAUUAGAAUGUAUUCUGCAUAUGGGAGACAGUUCCAUUUUACUGUGAGAAUAUUGUGUACAUUGCAUACAAAGUGCUGGUCAGUUAAUAUUUUUAAUAACCACUCAUUAAGAGAAAUCCCCUAAGACAUUUCAUAGCAGAGAUACUUUUAAACGUUUAUCCUUAAAGUUACUGUGCAUUGUAUUCCACUUUUUAAUUAUAUAAAUGGUGCACAAGGUGAAGCCCUGAUGUAAAUACGCACAGCUUAAAUGCAAACAAUACUGUAUGCAACUGUAAACAUUGUAUGGUGAACUCAACAACCCCUUGAUUCUAUCCAAGUUACACUUUCAAGGAAUAUGCCUAUUUUUGUGCCAAUAUAUCAAUGCAAUGUAUUUUACACUGGGGAGACCAGCAAGGUAGCCUACUGUUUUAUAGACUGUGAUUCCUGGACUCGCUCUUCAGAGCUCUGUCAGUGAGUCUACUGGAUAAUAUGUUGAUAUUGGUCUGCAUGUAACUCUCUAAAGCUAUGGAGGAAAUGGCUUAUUUAGAGAAGCAUCUGAGUUGCAUCUACUGUACACCAGCUGGGUUUGUGGGCUUGUAGUUUUAUCAUGUAAUGGUUGCAUUACAUCAUUUUAUUGGACCUGUAUCUUGUUCAGGGAUUUACACCCAGAGCAUUUCUGUUUUUAUUUAGAAAAUCAUUUAGCCAUUUGUCUACACAAUUAUUGUAGAAGGCUAUUAUUUAAUCAAAGCAAAUGUUUUUUUCUCCUUUCAUUUUUGAAUGUCACAGUACUGAAUACUGAUCCAACUCAUUUCAUAUAGGCUAUACUGAAAUAAAAUCUUUUUUGGUACCAAA